UUCCUGCGGAUCACAUGACAGCCUGGGAACCUCCUGUCUCUAAUCACAGAGUUUGCUCUCACCGUUAUUACUGUUAGGAGAAGAUGGCGGAAGAGAGGGAACCCCCACCGUUGGCAGAUGCAGGACAGGCAGACUUUAUAGAAGUGGAGGACGGAGAAGACCUUUUCUCCAGCGCCGUCACUACAAUAGAGCAGUCCAGCCCCACAUCUCCUGAGCCAGCCAGCUUGCCUGCAGAAGACAUCAGCACAAACACCAAUGGACCUAAACAAGAAAUAUUAUUAGAUGAUGACCAAGAGGACCUCUUUCCUGAAGCAACAGAGGAGGUGUCAUUGGACAGUCCAGAGAGGGAGCCCAUCCUAUCUGAUGGCCCAUCUCCUGCCAUCACACCAGUCACUCCUACAGGAAUCAUCACUCCUACAGUUGAAGACUUUGGAUCUCUAGAUGAGGAUGAAGAAGCUGAAGAGAAAGGGGACACCUUUGAUAUGCAGAUAACAGUAUCUGAUCCAGAGAAAGUGGGUGAUGGAAUGAAUGCUUAUAUGGCAUAUAAGGUGUCGACCAAGACAUCCCUGAACCUUUUCAGCAGAAGUGAGUUUUCUGUGAAAAGGAGAUUCAGUGAUUUCCUGGGUCUGCAUAGCAAACUGGCUUCAAAGUACAUGCACAUUGGCUACAUAGUCCCUCCGGCACCAGAGAAAAGCAUCGUGGGAAUGACAAAAGUCAAGGUUGGAAAAGAAGACUUGUCAUCUGCAGAAUUUGUAGAGAAAAGAAGAGCUGCUUUGGAAAGAUAUCUGAUGAGAACAGUGAAUCAUCCUGCUCUGCUAAAAGACACUGAUGUCAUUCAGUUCUUGGAAAACACAGAGCUGCCGCGAGCAGUUAGCACCCAGGCACUGAGUGGGGCCGGAAUAUUGAGGAUGGUAAACAAAGCGGCCGACGCUGUCAACAAAAUGACAAUCAAGAUGAAUGAAUCGGAUGCGUGGUUUGAAGAGAAACAACAGCAGUUUGAGAACCUUGACAUCCAGCUCAGAAAACUCCAUGCCAGUGUGGAAUCAUUAGUUUGUCACAGGAAAGAGUUAUCAUUGAACACUGCAUCGUUUGCAAAGAGUGCUGCCAUGCUGGGAAAUUCGGAGGACCACACAGCUUUGUCGCGGGCACUCUCGCAGCUUGCUGAGGUGGAGGAGAAGAUUGAUCAGCUGCAUCAAGAACAGGCCUAUGCUGACUUCUACGUGUUCUCUGAGCUGCUUGGUGACUACGUACGGCUGAUCACGGCUGUCAAGGGUGUGUUUGACCAGCGCAUGAAAACAUGGUCCAAAUGGCAGGAUGCUCAGCUCAUGCUGCAACGAAAGAGAGAAGCUGAAGCUAAGCUACAGUAUGCCAACAAGCCUGACAAGCUCCAGCAGGCCAAGGAUGAGAUAAAGGAGUGGGAAGCUAAAGUACAGCAGGGAGAAAGAGAUUUCGAGCAGAUAUCAAAGAACAUUCGCCGGGAAGUGGGGAGAUUCGAGAAACAAAGAGUGAAGGACUUCAAAGUUGUCAUCAUUAAGUACCUAGAAUCACUUGUACAUACACAGCAGCAGCUGAUAAAGUAUUGGGAAGCCUUCUUACCUGAAGCCAAAGCUAUAGCAUGAGCGGACAAACUCCUGUGCAAAAGCACUGGGGCCAAUUGCUCUUCUUUUCUUAAUUUUUAUGUACAACAUAAUCACUCAGCGUGGAUGCAUGGACAUAAUGACCACUUAAAAACCACUAUAAUAAAACACUAUAAAUCUUUUAAUUGUUAAGUCUGUACUUUGCAUUUUUUUUUUUUGUCUUAAGAUGAUCAUUUGUCUUUUUUUGUGUUCUUGAAGGAGAAGUCUGGGCAGUGGUAUUGCAUUAACUGCUUGUUGAUACACUACUGUUCUGUCUUUAAAUGUCCAAGCACUAUUUUGAAGUCUAUCAUAAUUGUCUUUUCACCAAGGGCAAUGUGUUUUUAAGCACUACAUUUAUAUCCAGUGAACAAAUUCAGCAUACAUCAAUUUAUUAAGAUAUUUCUUAUUUGAUCCUGUACACAACGUACAGCACCAUGCUGUAGUACUUAGUACACAGUGUGCUGCUUCCUGCUUUUCAGACACACACACACACACACAUAUUUUAUUUGGCUUCUUAGCCUAAAAUAUUUUUAAAAAAUGACAAAUGUUAGUUGAUUCUUUUGUUUUACAGCAGAUUUUUUUUUCUAAUUGUAUUUUUUUUUUUACUUUACAUUCCUGUGAAACAAUGCCGACAUGCUAAUAAAGGAAUGUACUUCAGUAUUAAA